AGCCCGCCGGCCUCUCUCUGCCCGUGUCUGUCCGCGAAAUUCUGGCCAGGUCUCCCCGCGAUGGCUCUCCCGACACCUGCCGACGGCGCCCUCCCGGCGGAAGCCCGAGGACGAGGACGGCGAAGGAGACUCGUUUGGACCCCGAGCCAAAGGGAGGCCCUGCGAGCCUGCUUUGAGCGGAACCCGUACCCGGGCAUCACCACCAGGGAAGAGCUGGCCCAGGCCGUCGGCAUUCCGGAGCCCGGGGUCCAGAUUUGGUUUCAGAACGAGAGAUUACGCCAGCUGAGGCAGCACCGGCGGGAAUCUCGGCCCUGGCCGGGGAAACGCGGCCCGCAGGAAGGCAGGCGAAAGCGAACCGCCGUCACCGGGUCCCAGACCGCUCUGCUCCUGCAAGCCUUCCAGCAGGAUCGCUUUCCGGGCAUCGCCACCAGGGAAGAACUGGCCAGAGAGACGGGCCUCCUGGAGUCCCGGAUUCAGAUUUGGUUUCAGAACCGGAGGGCCAGGCACCCAGGCCAGGGUGGCAGGGCACCCGCGCAUACAGGCGGGUGUUCACUGUGUUAA